AUGAGCCUAAUAGUACGCCAAAGAGUAGGAAUGCAUGAUGAAUCACUUACGCACUCAUUACAAUCAAAGAAUAUUUUUAAAAAAAGUAAGGAAGUUUUUAACUUUAGAAUAAUCAUCAAGUAAAUGUCAUCAAAAGAAAAAACUCAUAUGUUUAGUUUCAGUACCUAAAUCUUUUAAAGAACAUGUCUAUAUCAAAUCAAAUGUAGAACUCAAAUUAGCUCUUUCUUUUAACCCUGAUAAUUGUCUUGGAGCUUUAAAAGAAACACCCUGUACUUAUAAUUAUAGAGUCUCACGCACUGACCAACUUGAUGACGUCUACUUUUAUACUCUUGAAUUACUAGACCAACCAAACUAUUCCAUCGAUUAAAUCAUACAUCUCCUUUCUCAUAAACAAGAUUCUCAUGCUAUUAAGGCAGCUGAAUUAGUAUAAGAGCGACACAAAAUUCUUUAAGAAUAUACUUUAUAACCAUAUAUUUCAAAUGAAGAUCUACUAGAAGUGGAAAAAAUUGCUUAGGAAUAUCCUUAUUAAUGUACGAUCUAAAAGGUGAAUAAGGAUUCAAGUUCGUUAUCCUAAAGAAUAGUUAAUGAAUAAUUCUAUAAUCUCAUGGGAGUAAGUAGAGAGAUGAUGUUAAAUCAUCUCCAUGAGACCAAAACUUUCCCAUCUAUAUUUGAUCUUGGGCCUUCCCUUAAAUUAUGGUGUGACUUAUCCUCCAAUUCAAUUUAAUAAUUUCAAUCAUUCGAGACUUACAUUAACACUUAUGAAGGUGCUCAAUACAAAUGCACUAUUGAAUAGAGGCAAAUGUUUAAAAGAACAUAAGUCAACCCAAAUCAAAUAGUCUUCAUCGAAUUUUGGUUAUUUAAAGUCGAUGAACCUCUCAAAUCCUUUCUCAUGAAUCCUUAACGCAUAUAUUAGAAUCAAAUUGAUUACUUUAAUAAGAAAAAUACUUAAAAAGAAUAUGAGGCUUUCUUAUAAUCGAUGAAAUAUAAGCAAACCCCUUUAUAUAAAAACAAAAAUCCUUGUGGCUAUAAAGAACUAACAUGGAUUUGA